AUGUGGCUUGUCGAGUCUUCUGAUGAUGGUAUAUUGCAUCUUCUCCUGCCCGAAAAAGUGUAUUUAGUUGGUCGCAAGAAAGAUGCAGACUUCCACAUACCGCAUAAGUCGGUGUCGAGGCUCGAAUUUUCGUUCAAAGUUAAAGGCCACACCCUAGAGAUUGCAAAUGUAUGCCCUAGACCAAAGAUAGGUGCUGUGGAGAUCAAUGGCGUUGCUCUGGGGUACGAAGAAGUUUUGCGUUUUGAUACAGGAACUGGAGACUUGAUUAUCCGCGGAAAAGGAUUUUUAAUGAGGGCUGUCUGGAAAGAUAUGGUUACUAAUAGAGCCCUCCCUGAGCUUCAAAAUUUGGCUCAAGUGAGUCCGCGACAUACAACACACUAUUUUGUGACUGGAGAAGAGACAAUUGGUCACUUGAUCGACCUAUGCCGUUCUAAUCCCGAGAUUAAAAUCAUGGACAAGCAGUGGUUACAACAGAUUAACUUGUCGGCACUGGAAUCAGAUUUCGAAAAAUACUGGAACGAUGAUCAAAUUUGUCUGGUCACUAUUGGAAAAACAUAUGACGACUUGAAGCGUCUGCGCGGUAUUCAGUUUAAGAGAGCAGGGCCCUCGGACUUGUUGGUCUUUCGUCUCAGUUGCCAUCAGGAGAGUGUUGGUCAAUUCAAAAAGGUUGUCGACGAGAACACGCCAAUCAGAGUGGUUUUGGAAUAUGAUCCGUCUGCUACCGAAGUGGAGGAUACGCAAAUGGUUGCUGUUGAAAAUAUUCCGUUUGUUAGUUGUGCCUUGGGGGAAACGCCCUCUUCAGGAGAUUCGCAGCCAAGUCAGAGACGCGCUAAAAGAACCCCCGGCUCAUUAGGGUCAUCGCAGAUUUUUCUUCCCAACAUUGACGAUUUUGAAGUCAUAAGGAGCGAAUCUGGACCUUCUCCAGAAAAGGACGCGACGAUAAAGCCAACAUCGAAUGAGAAUGAUGCUCUUCAAGGUCGGGAAGCGGUUGCAAAAUUUCAAGCAUUACUAAACUCUACUACACCCACUGUGAAACAAGUUGACCAUAACGAGCCAUUUAAGAGUACAUUGAUUGAGCCUACUUCUACACCUGCUGAUGCACCUAAAGAAAACUUUUCCCACGACUUGCCCCUGCUCGAGAUUUUCAAAGAAGCGAAAAAGGUCAAAGAAGAAAGCCAGCAUCUGGAGAUGGAGGGAGAGGCUUUGCAACCGAAAGUCACCAAAUUCAGUGUUGCAAUCAAAGAAUAUCAGGCUCAACAGUAUACGGGCGCUAACCACAAGUGGAGAGGUCGCAAAGACUACUCCAAGUUCCGAAAAACCAACAAUGGUGAACAGAGAGAUGUUGUUUUUGAUGCCAUGGCCUCUUAUAUUCCUCUCAAAUCCUCAAGCUACAAUUCAUCUCUCACACGGGAAGGAAUCCAUCUGGAAGAGGAACAAAUUCCCGAGCUCGACCAAGAAUUCGAGUUUCCACGCCGCAAACGACCAGUUUCGCUCCGCUCGGCUGCUAUGGUACGGCGGCCCGCUAUUGACGAUGAUGACGAUAUCCCUGUAUUCAAGUCUUCCCGGAAGUAG